CCAUCAUUCCCAUCCAACAUGCGUUUGCAACACUUCUGCAUGGGCUCCGCGAAGACCCAGGACUUGCUGGUAUCAAGGACAUUUGCAGCAGAUACUCAUGUUCAGAAAGUCUGGUCCACGUUUUUGGACCUCUGGCGAAACGAGCACCGCUUGGCAACACUCCAUACAGCGUCGUCCACAACAUCGGAUUUAACUCCGGAAAAUACACCAACGAGAGGGAUAAGGGGAAAUGUUGGCAAGAUAAAAGGCCAAAAGACUAGCAGCGGAUUUGAGUUACAAGUAGCAACGUCGUUUGUAAAAGGAGAACAGCAAAAACAAGGCAAUUACUAUCUUAACCAGCCGCUCUAUUCACGAUACUGUUGCUACAUCUAUUAUACAACUGAAGACCUAUUACUCGUAGCAUGCUGUCCUUUGCCACAUACACCGUCCACAUCUUCUAUGACCAUCACAAGUAUUCCAGCACUACUACCGGGUCAAGGGCAAUCGACAACAAAAGUUAACGCGAGCAUAAAUGAUUUAACUACUUCAACUCAAUUAAUACCACGUACCGAUGACACACAAACUCACCAGAAUCGACCGGAGCUAGCCUUCUCAACUGCAGCGAGACUACAACUGUCACUUCAUGGAACAAUUGAGUUUUUGAGUCAAUUGGUAAAAACUCUCGAGCGCCUGCUAUUAACCGACAGUAAUAACCAUAGCAACCUUUCUAGAGCUACAAUGCAGCCUUAUAUAAAAGUGGAACCAGCAAUUUCUUCAACUGGCCAUCGAAAACUUACGGCUGAAGUCGUGCAGUUGAAUACAGGAAUAGUGUAUGAGAUAUUGGACGAAUGUCUGGAUCAGGGCUACCCGAUGAUGCCUAGCCUAACGCAACUUGAUCUUCUCGUGUUUGGAAUGGCAAGGAACUAUUGAUGUUGUAUUCUAAGCAUAUUAUUGUUAAUAAAAGGAAUUUAUUUAGAC